CUGCACAGCGCCACCUGCGUUAUAAUAUGUUCGUAUACCCUGGACUUACAUUACUGAUGAUCAGUGAUUAACUCCGAUAAUGGCAUGACCAAGAAGGGCUGCGAAAAUGGACACAGGUGACAAUAGUGAUAUUGAGGUUGACGCGCGUUUGGAAACUUCUUCACCUGAUGGACAGGCAGAGACUAAACACUAUGAUGUGGCCUUACUGUUUGCCGAAACAGAUAAACACCGUGCCUUGGAAAUACUGGAUGAAAUGGAACAACUAACUUUAGUAAACGAAGAGAAACCAAAGGUUUGUUUGUACACUGACCUACCUGGUACAUCAUCACACAUUGAUGGAGGUAAAAACUUAACAAAAGUAGCCACUCUGAUAAUUGUGUUGGCAACUGAGAAUCUUCAGGAUGCUGAGGUGGCAAGGUUAAUCAAGGAUGAGGCGAUUGGCAAUACUAGACUGGCAAGAAAGUGUCACCCCGGGCUCAAAUUCUGUGUCAGACCUCUCUAUUUAGAAAGAGCGAGAAAGGACCACCCACCUAGUGGCCUCUCCACCAUCACGCCUGUGGAAUGGUACGACAAAGAUUCGAAAUUCUUUCAGCGAAACAUCAGAAUGUUACUGGAAUACCACAUUCCAUAUAGAAAACAGCGAGAGCGAGAAUACAGACGUCAAAGACGUAAUGUUGGUAACAGUUCUACGCAGUCCCAAGAUGUUCCUGACGUUGCCAACAUUGCUGUAUCGGUUCAACCAGCCCAUCAGCAAAGCCAGGAGAGCGACCUUCCAUCCGAACGUUCACAUUUGGACAGUAACGCAGCAGUAAGACUGUCAUCUUUAAGUCACCACGCUGCUGAAAAUCUUGGCGUCUACGAUAAUUACAAUGGUGCCAGCGCUCAUUCAAGUCAACAAAAUGAAGCCAUGGCAACACCAAAUGAAUGUUUUACUGAUCAACAAAUAAACAAUAAUGAUCACGUGGGUCUGCAAAGCUUAGACACCAUUGAUUUAAACAACUGUAACAACACGAAUGGGCCUUCGGUCCAGUCUAGAAGUACCAAUGAAUCUUCAGGUUUUGCAGCCAGUGGGAAAUCGACCAGUGAAGGGAACAAUAAUCAGUCACCUGACUCUGCCAUGGCCAAACGUAAGGACACUGCCAACAAUUACAUGAACCCAAGCGUCGGUACUCAUCCUCCUGGCGUAGGUGAAAGUUACGUUUCACAAGAUGGAGUUUCUAAAAAUAUCGAUAAUUCCCCGAAUAUGAAUACUCCUGAAAACAGAUUUACGGAGGAAGAAAGAAAUCUUCCACUUCAAACUUCAGGGCUUAGAGAGGAACAGGGGCCAGGUACACGAAAUACACUUCUAAGUUCAGGGAGCGAGACAGACGACGGCUCGAUUGUGGAAUCCGAUUUGAUGCGGGAUAAUCUGAUAACAGAUACCUCCUUCGCUUCAGUGCCGAACAGAGAUUCGCAAAACACUACAGAUCAGAUUUACACCCGUGACUCUUCCUCCGAUUCUGAACCUACCGACAAAAAUGUCCCUCCAAAUUACGGUGGAAAAGGCACAGAGUCUACUCAGACCACGGAGUCAUUGUUGGCUGGGGCGAAUGGAAAACAUAUGACGGCUGAUCCGUUGAACGCUCACGUUCAAAACAAAGAAGGCGCUACAUCCUUGGUGCAGAGAAUUGAGCACGGGACAAUGACAGAGCAGGUACUAACACAUAGAGGACAGGCUCACACACGUACAGCGAGAUGUGCGGCCCCAAAUGACCCCAAGUUUGUUGAUGGUGAGAAAGAGCCUUAUGGGGUUGUGGAGCCAAGAGUCGUUCAUUACCAUACUCACUAUCAUAGUGAAGUUCAUGAUUCUUCUCAAGGUGGGCUACCACAGCAGAGGCGUCCAGGUGCACAAGGAAAUCUAAACUGGCGAACUGAGGCUCCUAUUACUGUUAUUGGAUGCAGUAAUGUACAGAUAGGUGCCAAUCAGAGGAUAACAGGAAGUCAGGCGAUUCCCGAAACCAGUCCUGACAUUCACAGUGGAAGUGACGCAUCAACAACCAUUCAUCCUGAAAGUCCUCCACCACCCUAUUCAAUCGCUGACCCCAACCAAAGAUGCGAACAUCCCCAAUGUGGAGGUAGUCAAGGACACGAGGUAUUUCCUGAAUCGAUACAGGGCGGGUUUGACGAAACAACGCAUAAACAACUGUUAAACAGUGAGGCAUUCUCACAAGAUGGACGAGUCUCCGAGAAGACAAAGCCACAAACUAGUCAGCCGAAUAAAAACAAUAAUCCCGACUGGCUGCAAGAAAACGAGCCCGUAAAUACUGAUGGUGGGUCUUCCACGCCCGUAUCUGGAGACGAGGAAAGUGGGUUUGCUGACGCCAGAGUUCAGUCUCCAGGCGUCCCAACAUCAGAUGCAAACCUUCCUUCUGGGGCUCCUGGAGGGAGGAGUGCGGGAUGCGAUUUGAGCGAGAUCUCGAGUUUGCUGGUGUCUGAGUUGGGCCCAGGGGAUGACCUGCUUCAGAUGCUGGACAGAGAUGAUGAAGAGGACACUGUCAGUGAUGCAUCUGACAAAGGAUCAACAAGCACAUCCGAAAGGUUAGGAAGGAACAAGUUGCCCAGGAGGAAGAAGAACUUGAGAACAAACCCACUUACGCCCACUGAUGAUACAAUCAACAUUCCAUCAGACGUGUUUUGUAAGGACUCGAGACGGGCUUUUGUAUACACAGAAGCAGGGAAGCAGCUGUUAAAAGAUACUUGUAUUGGGGCCUCUCCUGAUAUCCAUUUCAGUGCCUCGGACCAGGACUAAUAAACCGUCAUCUGUAAACGGUUGACUAAUACGGGCUUUCCCUAAUGUUCCAGAACAGUUGUCUUGCCUUUUCGUGUAUUUGUGACGGAUGUCACCGUCGGGGCAAAUACACUCACCUUUUCGCGAACACUUGGUGCCGACUACUUGGUGGGAAUCGUAGAGUGGGCUCUGCUUUUAGCAGAGAUUUCUUAUGAUUGCGGAGGGGCGGUCGGGUAGGCAAGUGGUUAAAGCGUUCGCUCGUCACGCCGAAGACCCGGGUUCGAUUCCCGACAUGGGUACAGUGUGUGAAGCCCAUUUCUGGUGUCCCCCGCCGUGAUAUUGCUGAUGUCACUCACUUUGAUUGCGGAAAAGAUUUUGUCACUUUUUAUUUCAUUAAUUUGUGAUUUGGUAAUUUACUUUCUACCAACUGUGCCAUAUGUAAUAAAAAAACAACUUAUA